GCUAGUGAUAUAUAUAGUUUUUCUAUGAUUAUGUGGGAAUUUACAUCUGGAAUUCCACCAUUUAGUGAUAAAGCACAUGAUCUUCAACUUGCUUUAGGUAUCUGUAAAGGUGAACGUCCUGAAAUUAUUGAAAAUACUCCACAAUGUUAUGUAGAUUUAAUGAAAAAAUGUUGGGAUGAAGAUCCAUUAAAAAGGCCAUCUUCUGAAGAAGUUUUAAAUAUUUACUAGUAAAGAAUUAAAAUGCGAAUUUAUAAAUGCACCAAUUGGGCAUAAUAA